AUGGUGCGUUAUUUCGUGUGUAAAUGCGCUACAAUAGCAUCUCUUCGCCAGUGUGUGGAGUCCGGCGUGUGGGCUUGUAAAGAUCGAGACUCAUUCCCUAACCCUCGGGAAACACUUACUAAGGCCCUCGGGGAGGGGACAGUUAUACUUGUGUUCAGUGUCAACAACUGCCAUGGGUGGCACGGGGUCUGUGAGAUGAUUAGUGCUCCUGGUGAAGUAAUUAGUAAUUUGGACGGUACGGAAAAUGCGAGCCAUGAUGAUCUUGUCAGUCGGACUGCCGUUGAUAUGAAGCCAGACAGUGACACUGACAAAAGCUCAAACUCAGUAAUCUGGCACCGGUUUCGAGUUCGCUGGCGGACGGUUUUCAUCAGGAAAUUUGGGGAAAGAUGCUUGUCUUCACAGACAACAUCUGAACUUUGUUGUUUUGAUGGACAGCCCGUCAAUAAAUGUAGAAAUUUACAAGAAUUGCCGGAAGAUGUUGGUGAGAAAAUUUGGAUCAUGAUUGAAGAACAUUACAAUCAUUUGAGUGAGAAACAGAAAGAAAAAGAAGCGGCACAGCUUAGUAAACAACCAGGGCCAUUUUUGAAAGGUGUUAAAGAACACCUUGAUUUUCAGUCGACAUGGAGAAGCCUUGUUGAAAAAGUAGAAAGAGAUCUGGGUAAAGUCCUUUUGGCUUGUCCGUUUGGAAGUCAAAGGUAUAACCUACACAGAGCUGACAGUGAUAUGGAUAUGUUUAUUGUGUAUCAAGCGGAUACCAAAGCUGUGCUGGGACUGGAACCUCCUAAACACACAAUAAAGAACAGAGAAGGAGAGAGUUAUGACUACACAGUACAUGAAGUUCAUCGUUAUUGUGAACUGCUGACUCAGGGAGACCCAAGAUGUGUGGAGACCUUGUUUUUACAUCCAUCCUCCAUCACACAUUGCAGUGACAGGUGGAGGCAAUUCUUGGCUCAUCGAGACUUGUUUCUACACAGUUUAUGCCUGGAGAAAUACCUAAGGGAUGGCCUGGGAUCAAAAGGUCUGAAACAGUUUGAAAAGUGGAUGAAGGAUCAAAGUCCACACAAUCUUCUCACUCCAAAACUCUCCAAGCUUGUAUACAUCAUUUUGCGUUUGUUACAAAAUGCAAGGGAUGUGACCCUUAAGCGGCUGUGUGUAUACAGAGAGGAGGAGAGCUUGGAAAGACAACAGUUACUGAAAGUCAGGAGAGGGGAGAUAACUGGUCUGGAGGCCAGGCAACUGAUAGAAGAGUUACUGGAAGUUAUAGAAGCUAACAAAUGUGAUGUGGAGGAACCCUCAGAUGAGAUGAGGAGACAGACAGAGGCUUGGUUACUGAAGCUGCGCUAUGAUAACUUCCUGUCAUACCCUCCAGAACAGACAUAACAACAGACAUUAUGGACAUAUUGGAAUCCACAUUAGUGUGCAACCUGAAUACUCAUUCUCCCGUGGGAUCAACACAAGUACAGCAAUUUAAAUAUUGUGCUCUGUGCUUCCUGUUCUUAUUAGGCAAAAGCCUGCUAGACUCACCAAGAUUUUGUGGGCAGAUUUCCUUUAGGAAAAGGAGUGGUGAAAUUCCAUGAAAAUGUGGUCCCAGGAAACAAUGUUGGCCUUGUCAUACUCCAGCCAGUACCUGGACCUGUUACCCUCAUACAUGUAUAAAGGCAAACCAGUCCAUGGAUUCAAACUUGUUGUGUUAAUAAAGGCUGUUGAUUCAUGCCCACCAGUGACACUUACAUUGAUAUAUUUGAGUGGGGUUUUAAUGCUGUACCUGACAUGUCCUUUUUUUCUAGUGGAGGAAACCAGGCUGCAGCCCAGGGUAAGUCACCCUGUUUGCCACGUACUUAAAAAGCAUCUGACUUGAAGCGCCACACUUAAACAGGCAAGAGCUGGAUUUGAGUUCUGACCUCAGUUGUCAGGUAUGCAUCAGCUGCAGUGAGAGCA